CUAACUUUUCCCUCCGCAUAAUCAUAUCACUGGUUCACACCCAGUUUCAUCCCACAAUUCUCUGUUCUUUUUCCUUGUCAGAAACUGCGCAGAUGGGUGGGCUUCAUCGUCUCAUCCUUGUCUGGUCCCUCUCGCUAAGUCUGUGUCUUUAUCCCUACUUCUCUUAUGCUCAGCUAAGUCCACACCACUACUCCAAAAUCUGCCCCAAUCUCGAGAACAUCGUUAGAGAAGCAGUUCGCAAGAAAUUUCACCAGACUUUCGUCACAGCUCCCGCCACCAUUCGUCUCUUCUUCCACGACUGCUUCGUCCAUGGCUGUGACGCUUCGAUUCUGGUGGCGUCGACAAAGAACAACAAAGCGGAGAAGGAUCAUCCAGAUAAUCUGUCAUUGGCCGGAGAUGGGUUCGACACGGUGAUCAAAGCAAAAGCUGCGGUGGACGCUGUUCCUCGGUGCAGGAACAAAGUGUCGUGUGCUGAUAUUCUGGCUCUCGCCACUCGUGAUGCCAUAGCACUGGCCGGAGGGCCGUCGUAUACGGUGGAGCUGGGGAGAUACGAUGGGUUGGUGUCGAAGGCAUCGAACGUGAAUGGGAGGCUGCCACAGCCGAAUUUCAACUUGAAUCAGCUCAAUUCUCUGUUUGCUUCUAAUGGCCUCACCCAAACGGAAAUGAUUGCUCUCUCAGGAGCACACACCCUAGGAUUCUCGCAUUGCCGCAGAUUCGCAAACAGGGUAUACAAUUAUCGCCGUAAGAAGCCGGUGGACCCCACGCUGAACGCGAAAUACGCGGAGGAUCUGAAGUCCAUGUGCCCGAGGAACGUGGACCCCAGAAUAGCCAUCAACAUGGACCCCGCUACUCCGCACACAUUCGACCACGUGUACUACAAGAAUCUGCAGCAAGGGAAGGGCUUGUUCACGUCGGACCAGGUCCUUUUUACCGACCCGAGGUCCAGGCCCGCCGUGAAUGCCUUCGCCAGCAGCGCCCACAUUUUCCAGCAAAAUUUCAUCGCCGCUAUCACCAAGUUGGGCCGAGUGGGCAUCAAGAACGCCAAGAAUGGAAAUAUUCGCACUGACUGCUCUGUGCUUCACAAUUGACGAGUUCUUUAUUAUUAUUAUUAUUAUGUUCUAUUUCAAUAUCAAUAAGAGAAUGGUUUUAUGUUGUACAUGCGAAUUUAUUAUGUAGUCAAGAGUGGAACUGGCUAUGAAUGAAUUUGUAUUCGUCUUGAUGGUCUUUAAUCCAAGACCCUCGACAACAUUUGAUAGAAUAUUUAUGACUAAUUUUCAA